GCCAUAGACCAGACGCUCUCUGUUUCCUAUUAACAAUGUCCUCUAAUAAUGAUGCCUACAACUCGGAUGAGUUGGAAGCACCCGACUGGCUGAACAAGCAAUUCUUGCAAGAGGUGCUAAUGCAGUACUCCAAAGACCCCAGUCUAAAAUUGACUGAUGUGCAGAUAUCCCCGGCCAGUGCAAAGGGUGAUCAUUAUGCGAGUGUCAUGUUUCGGACCAGCGUUGAGUAUCUAACACAGAAGGGAAAGUUUUCGAAAUCGCUGAUUAUUAAGACAAUGCCCGAGAUGGAAGGCAAUAAAAAGGAGUUUUUGGGCGAUUCCCCUAUAUUCCAGACAGAGAUCGCCAUGUACACGGAAGUGCUGCCCAAGUUCGAGGCGAUAUUACGCGAGGCGGGCGAAGAGACAACGUUUUGUACAAGAUGCGUCUAUCACAGCUUGGAGCCGCGACAGGUGAUGAUUUUCGAGGAUCUGGUGCCUCAGGGCUACGAAGUGAUACGCAACCGAAAUCUUACCUUAGAUGAACUGCGGUGUGCGCUGAGAAAACUGGCGAAAUGGCAUGCCGUCAGCCAGAAGUUGUUGCAGGAGCAGCCGAAUAUAUUUGACAGACUUAAAUAUGAUAUAACGACAUUGCCGAACUUUUUCGAACAGGAUUUUGUAACCAAAGCCCUGCCCACCUUUAUAGAUAUGAUUGGUCAGGUGGAGAGUUUAAAGGAUUAUCGCAAAUACUUUGAGCCGAUGCGUCAAAAUAUAAUCAAGCGCUGGGCAGACAUUAUACGUGAAUAUCGUGAGAAUCGGCAAGAAAAUUCCUAUUACGUUCUAUGCCACGGCGACUUUCAUGUGCGUAAUUUGAUGUAUAAGCUCGACGACUGCAUGUUGAUUGAUUUCCAGAUGUCCUACGUUGGAUCGAUGGUUAACGAUCUGCUUUAUGCGAAAUACAUGCUAUUCGCUGCCGAGGAACGUCUGAAUAAUUCUGAUGAGCUCAUCUCCCACUAUUUUGAUACCUUCUUAGCGACAUUAUCAAAAAUUGGAUACAAAGGCGAGAAGCACAGCUUGGUAGAGUUGCGCAGGCAGAUGUUUGACAGGAGAUUCAGUGAUUACAUGCUGCUCACUUUGUUAUUGCCUUUGUCGUAUAGUAUGCGUCAGAAUAAGGAUCCUGGUGACAUUCUACAGAGUGAAGAACUUCGCGUUAAUAUUUAUUAUAAUAAAGAUUACCAGAAGGAACUGGAGUAUUUACUACCUCGAAUGCUGCAACUGGGCUACUUUGAGCUGCCUGAAUAGUAGUUAAAAUAAAUUUAUCAAUUGCAAAAUCA